UCUCUAAUGUUCCUGAUCUGCUCAUUCUUCAGUGAAAUUGGGAAUGAAUCUAGAAUACACUUGCAGAUUGUCAUUGUCAUGAAUUUGAGAACUCAUCACAUCGGUUGACAAAAUUGGGGAUUUCAGCUACGAAUUUUGUUGGUCUUUAUUUUCUCUGGUGUCUCCUCGGGUUGUAAAUUGUUAUCAUCUUCGGUCCCUUGAGCUGCGCUCGACACCAACGAGACAAAGGAUGUUGUCCCUCUCAUCGCCACUCUCUUACCUCCUUCCCAUUCCAAACCCUCCUGCCUUCUUCCCCGUCAGACCCGCCCUUCCGACCGCCGCCGGCCUCCGCCUGAUCCCGCCGAAACGCCGCCGCCAAUCCGUCUCUGCAGCCGCCACUCAGGACGAUGGAAUCCCCGCCGACGACGUCAAGACCCUGGCCCGGUUCAAGUCCCGCCACAACUACAUCCGCGUGCUAGAGGUCUCCCGGAGGUGCGACCACCCCUUCGCCGGCUCUCGCCUCCUCCUCCUCGACUCCCCGGGCAACAUCCACAGCAUCUCCUUCCUUCUCAAGCCCCUCACCUCCACCUACCUCGACGUCUUCGCCACCCUGCCCCCCCUCCUGCCCCCCGGCCCCAUCGGCGUCCUCGGGUUCGGCGCGGGCUCCGCCGCGAGGCUGCUCCUGGAGCUCUACCCCCGCGGGGUGGUGCACGGGUGGGAGCUCGACCCGGCCGUGAUCGACGUCGCGAGGGAGUACUUCGGCCUCUCGAGGCUGGAGAGCGACCACCAAGGUCGGAUCUUUAUCCACAUCGGGGACGCGUUGAGGGCUAGCGCGAGGGAUGGGUUCGCGGGCCUUCUGGUGGACUUGUUCAGCAAAGGCUGCUUGGUGCCGGAGCUGCAGGACCGGAGGACGUGGGAGCGGCUGAGGAAGGGGCUGAGGAGGGGAGGGAGGCUGAUGGUGAACGUGGGAGGGAGCUGCGUGGAGGCGGAGGACGAGACCCGGGACGGGAGGGCGGUCAUGGCGGAGACGCUGGAGGCGAUGCGGGAGGUGUUCGGGGAGGAGGAGGUUCAGGUGCUGCGGCUCGGGAACAGGGAGGACGACAGCUCGCUCGCUCUCACGGGCCGAAUGCCGGAUCUUGAUGCGUGGAGGGCGGGGCUCCCCAAGCCCUUGAGGUGCUAUGUCGAUAUGUGGAGGCCGAUCGGCGGUCAGUACUCUGUCGGAGCAGGAGACGAGUAAAGAAGGGGGUGGUGAACGCCAUGUGUUUGUGUUUAUUCCUGUGUGGAAGGAAGCUGGAGUGCGACUGAUCGUGUACUUGAAUUUUGGACAGAUCAGUGAUGAAAUGCAAACGCCCAUUGCUUUGAAUGGGCAGUA